AUGUUAGAUGGCCCGCACCAAGAAUACAGCAAAAAGGCCACCGGCAGCUCGGUGGCUCGCGUCAACCUGGACUUAGACGGUGCCAGCAACACGUCGGUUGUGAUGGAGCCGGGGUUAGCAGUAUGCGAGGGGUUCAAACACAAUGAGUUCUGUAUCAUUUGCAGGGACGGUUCUGUUGAGGACGACUAUCUCCUCUUGUGCGACGAAUGUCCACGUGUCGUCUGCAGCCAAUUGCGUCAUGGUGCCCCCAGCCUUCACACAGGCCAUCAUGUCACCACAUGUGACCUUCCGUAUACCAUGGCUUCUAUAGAAACCAGAAGCUGCUACUCGACACCUUCCUCCCAAUCUGUGCCACCCUCGAAUUAUCUAUUACGAUACUGCGGGAGGGGCAUUCGAACUGGCCUACCAUUUUUUGAAGCCUUAUUUCCCAACGGCGGCUUAGUGUACCAGGAGGUAAUGUUUGAUGUUGGUACAGUCUCUAAGGUCAAGACAUACCAAGCAAGCGUCGACAAUUUGGUGCGCACCCUAUCAACUAACAACUGGAAGCGUGUUGUGUUUGGUAUAUCCAACCACACCAACAACACACAUGGAGACCCGUUUGUAGGCUAUGACAAAAAUAAAUAUGUCGCCACUCCGGUUGACAAUUUUUUGGACAUUAUCCUUGCGCCUUGGCAGGUCCUCGUUGAUCAUGCGGCUGAGUCAUUCCUGUGGUUCUUCUCCUGUGGUGCGCUUGUCAACAACGCUGAGUCAUUUUCUAAGUUGCGCGUUUCAGUCGCCCGUCAUGGUCUUUCUGCAGCUGUCGCCUUAAAUGCAGUCCAGUUCCAACCAAAUUUUGCCGCCCAUUUCUUGCUUGCCUUCAGUGACCUGGUCCUCAUCCAACGUCUCUCCAUGCGCGACGCUUUCCCUGACAUGCUUGGGCAGUCCUACAUGCUAGGCCGCCAUUCAGAUGUCUUUUUGCUGACUGGACACAAAGCUUCAAGGCUAUUCUUGUCAGUUAUAGAACUGACUUUUUGGCUGCGAAACAUUCAAAGUCAGAAUCGGUCUCGUGUGAUCAAGAAAAUCCGCAAGGCCAUAGUUGCAGCUCACAAGGAACAAGGAUCAAAAGUUACUUUGCCGAGUUCCUUGAAGAAGGCAAUUAAACAAUACUAUGCAGAUGAAGUUGAAGAUGAAGAAUCUGAUGGGGAAGAAGCUACAAAGGAAAGGGAGAUCAGUGCCCGUCCAAAGGAAGCUUCAUUCUAUAAGAAAAAGCUGACUGACUGGGAUGUUGCUCAGAAAUUGUUCAAACAACAGAUCGAUGAAUUUGACAAGGCAGAGCAAGCAAGAAAAGGUGACAAGGAUCCUAUCAAGUUUCGGACUCGUCAUGCACAAGAAUGGUUCAACAAAAUGACACCUGCACAGAAGAAACAAGUUGAGUAUGCACGAGAGAAGUGGAACAAGGAGGGGGCACCUGAAGAAAGUCAGGUUAUUUACCACAAGAACAACCUCAAGAAAGUGCUUGAAGAAUUUUCUGAGCAGCUUCGUUGA